AUGGCACCGAAGCAGCCGGAGAAGAUCGAGAAUCCUCACGUAGGCUCUUCCAGCGAGGAGGACGAAGAGGAAUCUGGCUCAUCAGAAUCUGUGUCUUCCGGUGAAGAUUCGAAGAAAGACGAGUCUUCCGACGACGAUGGAGAAACCCUCUCCAAGCUCACUCAGAAAUCUGUUGCUCCCGCUGCUUCUGCGAAGAAACCCGAAUCCGACUCGGAAGUGAGCGAAUCUGAAUCCGAUUCCGAUCCGGAGCCUGCGGAGAAGAAGACAAAGCCUCUCAACUCUGUCGGAACAAAGACAAAGCCCGACACUUCCGGAUCUGCUCUUGCUCUGCCUGAGAGCUCAACGGCGAAGCGUUCUCUGAAGCUAACGGAGGAUGAGGCUUCUGCGGCUAAGAAGAAGACGAAGACGGCGGCAACAGGUGAAGAAGUGAAGAAGAUCUCUGGAGACGAAGCGAAGAAGAUGUUUCAGAGAUUGUUCAGCGGGACCGACGAAACCGCAAUGCUCCAAGGCUUUCUCGACUUCACGUCCACAAGAGGAGAUCCUUACGAGAAAAUGGAUGCUUUCUGCGAUUACGUCAAGACGUUGAUUGAUUUCAACGCCACCAAGUCCCAGAUCGUCACGAAGCUACAGAGGUGUAAGAAGAAGUUCGUCAACAUGGUGAAGAACUCGCUGAAAAAGGGAAGAACUGAAGACAAGAUCAGAUUCGCCAAGGAACUUGACCAGAAGGCGUUUGAUUUGUCGAGGAAGAUUUGGGGUGUUGAUGGUGUUUUCCCUGCGAAGCCAAGGAAGAAGUCGAAAGAUGUUAAGUCACCACAUGCUUCGCCGUCUCACGCUCCAAGGAGAGAAGAGGAAAUGGAGAUACCGAAGGCGAUUGUUGUGAACACUCAUCUCACGUCGUCCUCUAGUAGAGAGAUUGCGUCCUUCUUUAAGGGUGAGAAUUCGAGUGUUGUUAGUUUGGAUGAAUCCAUGAUAGCUGCGGGUUGGGAUUUGAUUGAGGAUGGGCCGAAGAAGAGAGCAAUGGAGGAGAAGAUGAAGAAGCUAAAGGCAAUGCAGGUGGAGCUGUGUUUGCAGAGGAGUGGACUCGUGGACAGCACUGCAAGGAUGGUGUUCAAAGAGAAUGCUUCGUCUUGA